CAUCACAUCUACUAAAUAACUGUAACUGCCACUUAUUUUGAGAAAAACUCGAAUCCGUGCCUUUUUACUUUUGUUUUGCCAGUAAACAAUGCAGGCACUCGUAUAAUUUGGUUAAUUCCUUCUGUUCGACGUAUUUAAUAAAAGUUUAACAUUAAAAUAUUGAAUUGCACAUUUCCAUUAUCUUGCGAUGCCUAGAUGUGUGAGAACAGCGCAUAUUUUUGAAAAGAAAUGGCGUUCAGAUGAUGUUCGCCUACAAGAAGAAGCGAAUUUUUCUUCUUUGCUUUUGCCGGACAAAAUUUUAAUGGGUCUUGAGAAUGCUGGAUAUAAAACUCCAUCUCCCAUUCAACUAGAAUCAAUUCCUGUGGGCCGCUUUGGAAGGGACUUACUUGUCCAGGCAAAAUCAGGAACCGGAAAAACACUGGUGUUUACAGUGAUUGCUCUUGAAAAUCUUACAGAAAUAAAAUAUCCUCAGGUGCUGAUUAUUGCUCCUACUCGAGAAAUUGCUUUGCAAAUCUGCGAUGUUGUCAGAGCUGUUGGAUCUGCUUUUAAGGGUUUAACUUGCAAUUGCUUCAUAGGUGGUAUACCUGUUGAUAAUGAUGUAGAACGAGUACAUGGCUGUCAGAUUAUUGUUGGAACCCCUGGACGUUUGAAGCAUUUGUUAUCUCUUGGAAUUCUACCUGCCAAUUCUAUUCGCUUACUUGUGUUAGAUGAAGCGGAUGUUUUGCUGGAAUCAAAUUUUAAAGAUGAUUUAGAUUUCAUCUUUGUUUCUUUGCCAAAAGAAAAACAAGUGAUUGCUACAAGUGCUACUUAUCCUAAGGAACUUAGAUCUUUGACAUGCCAGUAUUUUAGAAAAGCUUACUUGGCACGCCUCAACCGUAAUGAGUUAACGCUCUUAGGUAUGGUGCACUAUAUUCAGGUUUUGGAAUUAUCUAAAAUGUCGGUUAUGGCGUACAAGACUAAGCUUGAGGCAUUGGAAAAAGUCUUAACAUCUGUAAAUUUUACUCAAUGCUUGGUAUUUUGCAAUCUCAUUACAAGAGUUGAACCUCUUUCCUAUGACGUUAAAACCUGGGGUUUUACAUGUACUUUUAUUAGCAGUGCUAAAGAACAAUGUGAUCGUAUCAAAGCCAUUGAGUGUUUAAAACAUUUUAAGUGCAAAGUUCUUGUUACCAGUGAUGUAACUUCCAGAGGUAUUGAUGCUGAGAAUGUUGAUCUUGUUGUCAAUUUUGAUAAGCCAGUUAAUUCAGAUGUGUAUUUCCAUCGUUGUGGACGUGCUGGAAGAUAUGGUGCAAAAGGAGUAGCCAUAACUCUCCUUGAUAAGAAUGAGGUUGUAGCAUUUGAACAGAUGAAAGUAAAGCAUAACUUCAAAGCAUAUAAUCUUCCUGAUCCCAUUCCAGCCAAUCUAAUAAAUAUUAGGCCUGAUGAUUCUGACUCAUCGACUGAAGAUUCAGAAGGUAUUGAGAAUUUUUCUGAAGAAUUUGAAGAAAAAGACUCUGAUCAUAUGAAUGGCAAUUCUAGUGAUAAUAGUGGCAACUUGAAAAAAAAGAACAAUAGUGUCGAUUCGUGCAAAUCAAACAAUGCAAAGGUGGACAUAAAUGGACAUACGAUCAAAAAGAAAGAUAAGGAUACUAAUCUGGAAUCGAGUGCUCUUAGUGAGUUGAAUACAGCAAAUAAAAAGGAUAACUGUACAGUGAAGAAGGAGUCCAGUGUUUCAGACAGUAUAGAGCAGAAUUCAGUUUCGGAAGUGGUUACAAGUAAUGGCGAUGAUCAAAUUGUUAGUGAAAUUAAUGGAACUGAAUUAGCAAAAGAUAAAAAUUCAUUUCUUGAAUAUUUAGAGAGUGGAUCUAAAGAUAUUAGAUCUUCUCCUAAUAAUGCUACAGGUUCUGAUUCUGUUGUUGUAUCUAAUGAUAAUAUCUUUUCACAAGAGCUUAAAAGUAAAACUACUUUUGAAGCAAAUGGUAGCCAAGAUUCUUCUGAGAAGCAGUGUAUGAAUAAUGUCAAGAAUGCAUUGGAAGUUGAUACUAAUGGAAAAGAUUCAAAUACCUCUGAGCAUAAUGUGAGUGAGUAUGAGAUUAAAGAGAUAAUUGAAAAAUUGAUUCCUUCAUCAGAUACACUUGAGUCCAUUAGUCAAGAGAAAAAUACUGUAUCAAUUGAUACUCCAACUUCUACGUUGUCAAAUACACCAGAAUUAGACAAACUUCAUAACGAAGGUUCAAAUAAAACAAAGACAGUUUUAGUUCCAAAUCAAAUACAACUUUCAGUUGGGAAGUUUUUAAUGAAAUGUAUGAACAAUGAGGCAAAUAACUCGCCAGAAAUUGAUUCUUCUCCCUCUUAUAAAGACUGCUCUGAUAAUAAGACUGAAACAGACCAGGAUUUAACAAAAACAUUUAAAGAUAUUAGAGGAAAUUUGACCGAUUUCUAUUCUAAGGUGUUUCAAGCUUAUAAAGCUGAAAAUCUUACUGAUGCUGCAAUUGAGAAUGUUAACAAUCUUACAAUGCAGCAGGAAGAAUCUGUUAAAGAAAAUGUUAACCAUGGCAAUACAGAAGCUGUGUCCCACAAAAUAACAAAUUGUAAUGAAAAAAUAACUAAAAAUAUUCAUGAUGAACUAAAGAAAGAGGAUAAAAAUUCUUCUGAUUUAAAAUCCAGUGAUGUUAAUGUCUGUGAUAUUAGUUUGUAUUCUGAAGUUCCAAAUGAAUCUAUUAUAUCUGAGAAAAAUAAAGCAUCAGGAUUUGGUCAGGUUUUUGAAAGACAUGUUUUUAAAGAGAAUUCUGCAGAUACCUCUUCGAGUAGUUCAGAUAGUGAUGAGGAUCCAUUUUUGACUUUAGAACGUGCUUUCCACGCUGCGAAAACUUCUGAAAAAGCCAAAUCUAAAACAACUUUGAAUGCUAGUCAAAAAGGAGGGAAAGAGAAAUAUAUUAAUAUGAAGAAAAAAAAGUUCCCUUUGGCUGCAGAUAAAGGACGACAUUCCUCGCCACUCGACUCUGGAGAAUCGAGUGACAGCUCUACGGUUAGUUCUAGUGACGAAGAUACUGAAAACAUGCUUCAAGAAGUAGAUGGAGCUAAGAAAAUGUACAGUGGAAUGCAAAAUUUUAAACGUGAAUCCAAGAAGUUCCAUCUAGCUAAACAAAAAAGCAAACUUGGAGUCAAACCAUGUAAUGCGAUAAGAAUCAGUGAUAAUUUUAACAAGACACUCACAGAAUCUUCUGAAAUAUCAGAAUCUGAAAGCCUGACUAGUUCACAAUCUGUUCAUAAUGCUUCUACUCCCUAUUUUAAAGGAUCAAAAUCAGCUAAUAGAGGGCAUCAACGUGGCACACGUGCAGCUAACUACAGAAAUUUACCAUUCCCAAGUCAUCAUUAUGGAAAUGUUUCUCUCAUGAGUCAGCCUCAAGAGCACUCCACUAGUGCAGUGAAUGAUGGAAGCAUCGCAUCCACGAGUCAGCCUCAUGAACAUAAUGACUGCACAGUGAACUAUGGAACCUUUCCGGCCAUGAAUUGCCAUCAGGAACGCCAGUUGGAUGGCUAUGCAUGCAAUCACCAAAUUAAUGGACAUGCUUCGCACAAUUACAGACCUAACCAUGUGAAUACGCCUCAUAUAGGUCAUGAAAGUCAUUGUCAAAACUGCAGCGCAGAUUGGUAUCAAAUGUACAUGAAACAAUGGCAAUUUAUUCAUUCUUCUCUAUUUUGAACAUUCUAUUUUUUUCCCUAACGUUUUUAAAGAGCUUAAAUGUUCCUUUAUGUUUUUUAAACUUAAUUUGUUUUUGUAAAAUAUACUUGUGAGUUGCAUUUUAAAAAUUAAAGAAAACUAAGUGUUCUGCAUCAAUGUUAUUAAAUUCAUUAUUUGUAUAUGUACUGUGUUGCUAAUAAGUUUUGUAUAAAAGUUUAUCAAAAUACAUUCAACAAAUAUGAAGUGGAGAAAGAAGAUCUGAAUUCUUACUUAGCAUUUACUUUAAGAGAUAGAAAAUAGUAAAAAUCUAAUGAAUGUGAAAAUAAUCAUUAAAAUGUUCAGAAUAUA